AUGUUCAAGUUUGUAUUAAUAUCUGCUCUAGUAGCUGCGGCCUCAGCCGCCAACCCAAGAAUCCCUCAGCUGGAUGGUCGCAUCGUCGGUGGUGAAGAUGUCAACAUCGAAGACUAUCCAUACCAACUCUCCUUGCUUUACUACGGAAGCCAUAUCUGUGGCGCUUCCAUCAUCAGUGAGAAAUUCGCAGUUACCGCUGCCCAUUGCACAGAUGGUUCUUCCGCCAAGGAUUUGAGUGUCCGCGCUGGUUCUUCCAUCAAGGGAUCCGGCGGUGUUGUGGUCCAAGUCAAGACCGUCUACCAGAACCCACAAUACGAUGCCUGGAACAUCGAUUAUGACAUCACCGUCUUGGAGUUGACCGAAUCUCUUUCUUUGGGUUCCGGCAUCAACACUAUUCCAUUGCCCAAGUUCCUUCAACCAGUUCCAGCUGGUGCUGAAGCCGUCUGCUCCGGAUGGGGUGCUCUCAAGGAAGGAGGCUCUUCUCCGUCUCAACUGCAAGCCGUUAAGGUCAACAUCGUCGAUAAUGAAGAGUGCCAAGAAGCAUACGGAAGCAACCCAGUCACCGAUCGCAUGAUCUGCGCCGCCGUUCCAGGAGGUGGCAAAGACGCUUGCCAGGGAGAUUCCGGUGGUCCAUUGGUCGUCAAUGGUGAACUCGUCGGUGUCGUUUCCUGGGGAAUGGGAUGCGCUCGUCCAGACUAUCCAGGAGUUUACUCCAGCGUUCCAGAGAUGCGCGAUUUCAUCACCGAAAACACCGGCUUGUAAACACACAUCUCAUCAAAUAACUUUUAUGUCUCAACAAA